AUGGCCAAGGCACGCUCCGACAUCACCUACUUCGGCGCCGGCCCGGCCCUGCUGCCGACCGACGUCCUGGAAAAGGCGUCGCAGGCGCUGCUCAACUUUGACGGCACGGGGCUCGGCAUCGCGGAGCACUCGCACCGCUCCGCCCUCGCCACCAAGAUCAUCAACGAGGCCAAGGCGGACCUCGCCUCGUACCUCGACAUCCCGGAGGACUACGACGUGCUCUUCAUGCAGGGCGGCGGGUCAGGCGAGUUCUCCGCCACGGCCUACAACCUCGUCGGCUCCUGGGUGCUGCGCCAUCGCAACCGCAUCUUUGGGAGUGACAAGCAGCACAGCGACGCCGACGACCUCAACGAGCCCACCCUCGUGCAGGAGCUCAAGACAAAGGUCGGCAAGGACCUCAAGCUCGACUACGUCGUCACCGGCAGCUGGUCGCAAAAGGCCGCCGCCGAGGCCGCCCGCUUGUUCGGCCCCGAGCACGUCAACGUCGUGGCCGACGCGCGCAAGCAAAACGACGGCAAGUUUGGCGUCGUCCCCGACGAGGCGACGUGGAAGCUGUCCGACGAUGCCGCCAUGGUGUACUACUGCGACAACGAGACGGUCGACGGCGUCGAGUUCCCCGCCUUCCCCAAGUGCCUGGAGCCCAAGGCCGACGGCUCCGGGCCCAUUGUCGUCGCCGACAUGUCGUCCAACAUUCUCUCCCGCAGGGUCCCCGUCCGCAACUUUGGCGUCAUCUUCUUCGGCGCGCAAAAGAACCUCGGCUCCACGGGCGUCACCGUCGUGAUCAUCAAGAAGAGCCUGCUGCCCCAGCCCUCUGCCACCCUCGUGCGGCACCUGGCCCUGCCGCUGCCGCCGAUUGUCCUGCAGUACGAGAUGAUUGCCAAGAACAACAGCCUCUACAACACCCUGAGCAUUUUCGACGUGUACGUCGCCGGCCAGGUCCUCAAGAAGCUGCUGGCGACCUACCCCGACAAGGUCAACGGCCAGGAGGCCGUGUCCCAGAAAAAGGCCGAGCUCAUCUACGGCGCGCUCGACGCCCACCCGGACGUGUACCGGGUCGUGCCGGCCAAGAGCGCCCGCUCAAGGAUGAACGUGUGCUUCCGCGUGAGCAAGAAUGGCGACGUCGACGCCACCGAGAAGGCCUUCCUGGCCGAGGGCGAGAAGCUGGGGCUGACGGGCCUCAAGGGCCACCGCAGCGUGGGCGGCAUUCGCGCCAGCAACUACAACUCCAUCUCGCUCGAGGGGGCCGAGAAGCUGGCCAAGUUUAUCGACUCUUUUGCCCAGUCGUAG